AUGUCUUUGAUACAUUCCAACUUUGCCUUUUUGAAUAAACCUUGGUGGAGACCAGGUUAUGAUGACCGCGCUCCUCAUUAUUUUAUCUCAAAUAUCGAACGCCUCCAACAAGCCAUAUCAACAUCUAUUAAUAACGAGGAUGAACUUUUUUGGAGAGGUUUUAUGGAACUUCAUCGAGAACGUUAUUUGAUCGAAUGCAUUUCAGCGGAAGGCGAUAAUAACUUUUCCAAGAAUAAUUUUUGGACCUAUAUUACGCUUGCUAAAAAAGUACAAAAUUUUCACAAUGCCAUUAACGACAUUUUUCCGUACAUCUUCUUUCCAAACCUUCCAAUGGAUUGCUUUACGCCUUUGCUCGCACAGCAUUUGCAUCAACAGAUUGGCAAUGGAGAACAGAAUAGAAGAGCUAUUCCAGUAAUGUCGAGAAAAAUUUGGGAAAAAGGAAUUGGUGUUAGAUGA